AUGAAGAAGACCGUCACGCAAACGACUGCACUCGACACACAAGAUUACACAAAAAACGUGAACCUGAGUAUUCAAUUCAGCCGCUGGCUGCUGCGACCCGUAGGCGUUUGGCCGAAAUCGGAAGUCACACGAAUCGACAAAUAUUUUACCUGGCUGGUGAACAGCCUCUGCAGUACUUUAUUAAGUUUCCUCUUCGUGCCUUGUUUGGUGUUUCUGAUCCUCGACGUGAGCGACAGCUACAACAGGAUCAAACUCAUCGGUCCCCUUAGCUUCUUCCUGAUGUCCUACAUGAAGUACUAUCUCAUGCUGCUCCACAAGAACGACAUCCUGAAGUGCGUGCAGCAGGUCCAGAGGGACUGGGCCAACGCCAGACACCUGAACGACAGAAACAUCAUGGGAAUAAACGCGAAUUAUGGACGAAAAUUAGUAGUCGUCUCCGCGUUCUUCAUGUCUAGCUCUUACAUCUUCUUUUACAUCGCCAUGCCGAUUAGUGUGGGGAGGAUCCCAGCAGUUGAUGGAAACUUCACGUUUAUUGUUCUGCCGUUCCCUUCGUCGACGAGGAUUUUUGAUUAUCGUCACAGUCCUUUCAAUGAGAUCUUCUUUGUUGUGCAAUGUUUAGCGGGUACUAUAUUGCAUAUGAUCACGGUCGGGGCGUGUAGUUUGGCGGCGACGUUCGCGGUGCACGCGUGUGGACAGAUGGAGAUCUUGAUGAACUGGUUGGAGCAUUUGAUUAGUGGACGGGUGGAUAUGAAGGACACUGUGGAUGGGAGGAUUGCUAGUAUUGUGGAGCAACAUGUUCGGAUACUGAGAUUUCUAGAACUUAUGGAAAAACUACUUCAGCAAAUAUCUUGCGUCGAAUGUUUGGGAUGCAUGAUGAACCUAUGUCUCCUCGGAUAUUACUGCAUCAUGGAAUGGAAUCCAAAAGAACUAACCUUCUCUCUAACAUACAUCUUAUUAAUCUCGUACUUCGGCUUCAAUAUUUUCAUCUUCUGUUACAUAGGAGAACUCGUGGCUGAACAGUGUAAAAAAGUAGGCGAAGUGUCGUACAUGAUCGAAUGGCAUCGAUUGUCAGGGAAGAAGAAGCUCUGUUGCAUUUUGAUAAUCGCGAUGUCUAACUCGUCGAUCAAACUCACGGCUGGAAACAUGGUCGAAUUGUCCAUCAGCACCUUCAGUGACAUUGUUAAAACAGCGGUGGCCUUCUUGAACAUGUUGCGAGCGUUAACCUAA